CCGGCGCCGGGCAGCGGGGGCGCGCGCGGCGGCGGCUGCGUCACGUCGGCCGGCCGCCCCAUGCGCGAGGGCCAGCGCUGGCAGGAGGACGCCUGCACCACGUGCGAGUGCCGCGGCGGCGCGCGCCGCUGCGAGGCCUUCAUGUGCCAGGUGGCGUGCGCGCGGCCCCGCCACGACCCGCGCGAGUGCUGCCCGGUGUGCGACGUGUGGCCUGCGCACUGCCCCGAAAUGACGUGCUCCCACCAGUGCCCGUUCGGCUUCGAGGCCGGAGACGACGGCUGCAGUACCUGUCGCUGCAAGCAGGAGCCCAAGGAGUGCACGCUGGAGUGCCCCAAGGGUUUCCUGCUGGACCGCCUGGGCCAGCCGCUGUGCCGCUGCGCGCAGCCGUCUUCGUCAUCGUCGACGACUACGACGACGACAACGACGGCGAUGACGAUGACGAUGACGCCGUCGCCGGCCUGCCCGCCGCUGGUGGGCUGCCACAAGAACUGCUCGCACGGCUUCCGUCUCAGCCGCCAGGGCUGCCCCGUGUGCCGCUGCAACCAGUGCCGCCCCAUGCAGCCGCCUGACUGCGAGCGCUCGUGCCCCCAUGGCUUCCGCGUCAACGACCGCGGCUGCCCCAUCUGCAAGUGCAAAGCUUCACCUGAUCUUCCCUCUACACACGGAAGUGCUGUGUCGUUCACACUCUGCAAAAGCUCUGGACUUGCUCUGCGUUGUCGGUGUAGUGUAUCGCCUCCACACCGGAGAUGUCUUCCCAACGACGGUGACCUCGGUGUAGCCUACCCUCUGUUUGUAUCCUUAGCGCUUCGUGUGACAGCGGGGCGGGUGCGUGUUCUAGACGGAGAGGUGCGAGAGGACGGCGAGAGCUGGUUCGACGGCUGCCGCCAGUGCUACUGUCACGGGGGCACGGAGAUGUGCGCGCUCAUCUCUUGCCCCGCGCUAUCCUGUGCCGCACCUGUCUUCAACGCUACCGGCGCCUGCUGUCCGCACUGCCGAGACGAGGCGCCGUUGGCGUGGCGAGGCGCGCCGGCAGGGAUGGUGUGCCUGGGCGCGGACGGGCGCGUGGAGGGCGAGACGUGGCGCGCGGACGCGUGCACGCGCUGCGUGUGCCAGGGCGGGCGGGCGCUGUGCGAGGCGCGCCAGUGCCCGCCCGCGCCCUGCGCCGCCCCGGCGCCGCCGCGCCCGGGGGCGUGCUGCGCCGAGUGCCCGCCCGCGCCCGCACCCUCGUCGUCGCCGCGCCGCGCGUGCGGGCGGCGCGCGCACGGGGCCGCGUGGCGCGAGGCGCGCGCGUGCCGCAGCUGCGUGUGCGUGGACGGCGAGGCGCACUGCUUCGCCGACCGCUGCCCGCCCACGCCCUGCGCACGUCCGGUGUUGCCCAAGAACCGUUGCUGCCCCGUCUGCCUACUAGAUGAAGGAAUCUCCAAGCACUGUGUGUCAGGCAACAUUACCUACUUAGAAGGGGAAGAGUGGCUGAAUGAUCAAUGUACUCGCUGUGUAUGCCGUGAUGGACAGAAUGUGUGUGCACCAAGGAAAUGUCCUGUUUUAUGUCCAAACCCUGUAAAUGUUCCUGAUCAGUGCUGUCCCAUUUGUCCAGAUCAGGCAGAAUUCACAACUUCUGCAUGGCUAGAGGAAUGGAAGUAUCUUCUAAUCAUUGGAGUUUUCUUGGUGAUUUUCAUGAUUCUCCUGGCAUACAUUUGCUACCAGUGUUACCUGAAUCGACAGCCAAAAUUGGAUGUGUCUCCUAAAUCUUGCCCAAAUCCAGCUUACAAUGGCUACACCCAUCGAAAUUCAUUUCCUCCUCCCCGCUAUACUAGUACUGACCGGCAGUCUAAAUGUGAAGCAUAUCAUUACAAGUAUGUCCCCUCUUAUGACUCACAACAGUUCGACUCAUUAAAAUCACCAUCAUUUGGAGCCUCAGAAAAAACUGCCUUAGCUCCAGUAUAAACUUUGUAUAUGACUGAUGCAAUCAAGUGUGAUCAUUAUUUUAGUACAAGUAGAUACACAAGACUAGCAUGACCUUUAAUGAGGUAAUAGUUCCUCAAAUUAGGACCAUGAAGAGGCAUUGCUGGAAAGUGAAAUUACUGCUACCAACUCCAGUUAUAAAGAAGCAGCACUCAAUGUGUGUGUGUGUGUGUGCGCGCAAUUUCACUAUCAUGUGGUUGACAAGUUAUUUCUUGAGAGAAACCAAAGGCUGAUGUGAUUCCAGAGGAAGACUCUUCUCUAAUGUGAAGGAAAACCAAAGUGUGAACUCUAUAAUACUAACCUAAGCCAAUGACUGAAUUUUUAAACUAACACUGUGCACAUGGUUAUGCAGUAAACAUUUGAACACGUCAUGAUGCUGCCUCUCUGAUACAAUGGUAUGCUAAACAUGCUUGCAUUGAGUAACAAGAGACCUGAACUUGGAAAACCCCAAUUCAAGCACCAUGCACUGACUCUAAAAACCCAAAAAAUCUCACUGGUUAACAACAUUCAUUCACCCACAUUGGAGGUAGGGAAGGUAUUGGUUGAAAGUGAGUAGGUAUGAGGAAAAACAAGAAGAAUCAUUUCUCCAGCUUGGCCUGUGAAUAGUAUUGUACCCUUUAGUUGUAUUUAGAUCUGUUUUGUUCUUUGUGGGCCUGGGUAAUGUUUAUGUGCUGUGCUAACUGUUCUGAUGAUUAAUAAUGGUUGAAAAUGCAUUAUUGUAAACAAAGUAAACUGACAAGGCACAGGUGAAUUACAAAUUGUAAACAUUAAAAAAAUCUUUAAUACUUUCCCUUCUCCUGCAUCUAAUACAACAGAGUUUAUAUUUAAGCUCUCUGGAAUUUGGUAGUAUGUUUUAUCAUGAAUUUCAAAUUAUCUAUUGAUCUAAUAUUUGACAUAAAUUCACUUUGGCUAUUUGAAGUAAUUUGUGAGUAAGGCCAUGUGCAUGAGUUAGUAAUAGUAUUUCUCUACUAUUCAUAUAAUGAUUUAUUCUCUGCAGAGGUUGUUUAUACUUUUUGUGUGAGCAGGAAUAUAAUCCAUAUAUGUGUUCCUUGCUUUAAGAAACAUGUGCUGCUGUCAAUACAAGGAUUGUGAAAAUGUAAAUUUAUUGUGCUUGAUAUCGGAAAGUGAAAAAGAUGGAUUCCAAUGGUUAAAAAACAAAAACAAAAUUAGAUUAUGAGAGAGCCUAACAGCAGCUUCUGUACUGAGUAGAAUAUGGUGUAGAUUUUGGAUAUGUAUAGGGAUAGAAAAUUUCGAUGUCUAAAAGCAUUACCUUUUAUAUAAUAACUUGAUAACUUGAUUUAUAUAUAUAAAUAUAUAUGGAAGUAUAACAUUACAUAAAAUUUAAAGAAAAUGACCUUGUAUAAAACAAUGAUAUGGUAUUAAACAUUGUUUCCUUUCAGCGUACAUCGUAAGGUGGAAUGUUGUGACUCCGCAAUCAAACUUUACAUAGAAAUUCUUGAUGUUAACCUUGCAUACUAUGUUGUGUUGUAUCUGGCGUUUGCAAGAUAUUUUCAAAACAAAACAGUUCAUGAAAAGUAUUUCAAUCAUAAAUCUGAUAGAUUGUGUACUUCAACAUAGCUUCAAAAGUAUGAAUGAUACUAAAACAUCAGCCAUCAAUACUCAGGAAUGCAUUGUAUUGUAUAUAUUUCAAAUUUUAUCACUUGAGAUGAAAAUAUCCAUAGAUUACACAAUGUCUGUGUGUACAAAUAAUGAAACAAUGCAGUUUGUGGAAAUUAGAAUUUUAUGUUCUUAAAAGUAAGUUGUAGCUCUGCAACCAGUAUCUAAAUCCCUUGCAAUUUUUUUCUUCACUAGCUAUUGCCUUCAUUGUUUUAUUCAUUAGAUACCAUCUAACGGUUUUUUUUUUUUUUUUUUUUGUUAUUUCUUAUCACAGUCUCCUCAGCAGUAUUUAUGAGAAAAAUAUGUAUUUAUGGCAGAUAAGUCCAUGUGAAGUGUUAGAUUAUAAUGUCACCUUUUGUAUUUAUGUAUUUAUUUUUGUAAUAUAAAACGGAAACAUAUGAAUUUCUCUGCUCUUUCAAAAAUACCAAAUCCAGUUACUUUGCCCUUUUAUUGUUAAAAGAAGAGCAUAUCCAAGGGACUGAACAUAUCAAACUGUUGGGCAUAUUUUAUGAAUCUUCAGAGAAUGAGCAAUUUCAUAUAAUUUUCAAUGCUUUCCCUAUUGAACAUAUGGUACAAGUGAAUUUGGGAAAGGAAAAAAGCAAUAAUUGCUUGCAUUUGUUGAAAUACACAAUACUAAUGUCAUUUGUUAUAUUUGUUAAUUAUAUUGAAAAUUAAUUUUUGACAAUGCCAUCACAACUUCACUGAGAUGUAAUUUUGUGGCAUCAGAUAAUCUACAUCAAAGACACACUUGUUAUGGCAGUUUUCAUUAACUAAGAAUACACAGUCAAAUGUAAUGAAACAAAACUAUGCUUGAUCUCAUUAUGAAAUAAGAAAUAAGUUUGAAAAGAAUUUUGCAAUAUGCUGAAGGAUACAGUUACAUGUUCAGUAAUUUCAAAUGUCGUCUAUAAAAGAUAUAUUGUCCUCACUUUGAGCAACUGUAGGAAAAUGUUUCUACAAUGUGUAUUUGAUAAGAAUGUGAUGAUCAGUGUUAUGUAGAGUUUGUUCUGAUGCUUAGAUGCAACACAGCAGCAUCUGGGGCAUCCUUACAAUGUGUAUUCACUUAAAAACCAACAUAUUUUAAAUGGCAUUUUCAUGCACCACAAGACAUUUUCAAGACUACAUAUUUACAAGUAUAACAUUAAUUUUUCUCUCAGAAAAGAUAAUACAUAUUUCCUUCAGUUGAUGUAUCUUCAUCAGUUUAUAGAAAAGGAAUCUACCCUUGUGAUAUGACAUCAAUCAUGCAUUAAACAAAUGCAAAUUUUAUUUGCUUUCCUUUCCUCUUCCUCCGGUGCAUUCCUUUUUAUGCUUCUGGAUGAAUAAAUCCUGUUUUAACAAACAGGAAAAAAAUCAGAAAAUGCCUAUAAACUAUUUAGUAACAUAUCAUUCAAGGUCUAAUUGAAAUUAAGGCAGAGGCCAAUCACAUUUGAUCUUUCACAUUUCUUCGGUGCUUUUUCUCCUCUUUUUUUUUUUUUGUUU